AUGGACGCAGUCAAUUCCACCGCCAGCGGCUUCUCGUCCGUCUUGGCCGGCACAAAAUACGCCAAUGUCAACAUCCCUCCCCAAAUCGACUAUGUUAUCGAGGCCGUCUCCAAUGCCGGUGUCUGGACUUGGGUGUUUACUCUUGUCGCCCUGUGCAUCGCUUAUGAUCAGAUUGCCUAUAUUGUCAGGAAGGGCCCUAUUGUCGGUCCCGCCAUGAAGAUUCCCUUCAUCGGCCCAUUCCUCGAUUCCAUGGACCCCCGAUUCGACGGUUACCAUGCCAAAUGGAGCAGCGGUCCUCUCAGCUGCGUUUCCAUCUUCCACAAGUUUGUCGUUAUCGCUUCCACCCGUGACAUGGCUCGCAAGGUCUUCAACUCGCCCGCUUAUGUCAAGCCCACAGUCGUCGACGUUGCCCCUAAGCUUCUUGGACACGACAACUGGGUUUUCCUCGACGGAAAGGCCCAUGUUGAUUUCCGCAAGGGUCUCAAUGGCCUCUUCACCCGCAAGGCCCUCGAGCUUUACCUGCCCGGUCAGGAGGAGGCUUACAACACUUACUUCAAGCACUUCCUCAAGAUGACCAAGGACGCUGGCGGCAAGCCCGUUCCUUUCAUGCACGAGUUCCGCGAGGUCAUGUGUGCUGUUUCUUGCCGCACUUUCGUUGGUCACUACAUUUCCGACGAGGCCGUUACCAAGAUCGCCGAGGACUACUACCUCAUCACCGCUGCUCUUGAGCUUGUCAACCUCCCCGUUAUCCUCCCUUACACCAAGUCUUGGUACGGCAAGAAGGCUGCUGAUAUGGUCCUGGCCGAGUUCUCCAAGUGUGCUGCCAAGAGCAAGGUUCGCAUGGCCGCUGGUGGUGAGGUUACCUGCAUUAUGGACGCUUGGAUUCUGUCCAUGAUCCAGUCUGACCGCUGGCGCGAGGCCGAAGAGAAGGGCGAGCCCCACAAUGUCGAGAAGCCAUCUCCUCUCCUCCGCAUGUUCAACGACUACGAGAUCUCCCAGACCAUCUUCACCUUCCUCUUCGCUUCCCAGGACGCCACCAGCAGCGCUGCCACAUGGCUCUUCCAGGUUACCGCCCAGCGACCCGAUGUCCUUGAUCGUGUCCGAGAGGAGAACAUCAAGAUCCGCAACGGUGACCCCAACGCCCCCCUCACCAUGGACCAGCUCGAAUCUCUUACUUACACCCGCGCUGUUGUUCGUGAGCUUCUCCGAUGGCGCCCUCCCGUCAUCAUGGUUCCCUAUGUCACCAAGAAGGCUUUCCCCCUGACUGAUGACUACACCGUUCCCAAGGGCUCCAUGUUGAUUCCUACCACUUUCAUGGCUCUCCACGACCCCGAGGUAUACGACAACCCUAGCCACUUCGACCCUGAGCGAUACUACAGCGGCGACGCUGAGGAGAAGGGCUCCAAGAACUACUUGGUAUUCGGUACUGGACCUCACUACUGCCUCGGCCAAGUCUACGCUCAGCUGAACUUGGCUCUCAUGAUCGGAAAGGCCUCUGUCAUGCUUGACUGGAAGCACCACGCCACCCCCAAGUCUGAGGAGAUCAAGGUCUUUGCCACCAUCUUCCCCAUGGAUGAUUGCCCUCUUACCUUUGAGGAGAGAAAGUGGUAA